AUGACUACCAACAGGCCCUUCUUUGGCGGCUUCCUCGCCGCCUUCCGCGCGCAACAACCCAACCUGCAGAAGACGACGGCCUCGCAAGCAGCGUCCGUGGCCUCGUACUCGCAAACCACGGCCUCGCAACAGAGCCAGACUCUCGACACAGCAGCACCUUCCUCGCGCACAAUCACCACCAAGACGCGCUCACCGUCGCCCGGUGCAACGACCGUCUCCGUGCAAGCAACAGGCCAUUUCCAGCCAACCAGACAACACACGGCCCCCUACAACCGUUCCACAUCCCCCAAGGCCCAGGCCUUCCCAAUACCAGGCGCAUCACAACGAGGCAGACGGGGCUCGGACAGCUCGUCUGAAGGCUUCCACGAGGCCAUGGGCGCCGAGAAAUGGUACAUUGGCGGCCGAACAGCAACGGGAGAGGAGAAGUUCUACAAGCUGGGCAUGGUCAAGCGACACAGAAGCGCCGACCGCUUGAGUCUCGACAAGCUCAGCAUAUGA